UGAGAUUGGGAAUAUAAAACUAGUUGAGUUGAAGAUUUGUAAUUAGAAUCAACGAUUCAUUGAGAGAUUGUUGUCACUUUAAUUCAGUUCUAAUCAUGUCGGAUAAUCGAACACCUGCUGAAGACCAAUUGAAGAACUUCAAACAACUUCAUCAACCUAAGCCACACGUAUUAACAACGAUUGAAGGAUGUCCAGUUGGUGAAAAGUUCAAUUCAAUGACAAUCGGUCCUCGAGGUCCGAUUGUGCUUCAAGAUAUAAAAUUGAUUGAAGAAUUGGCUCAUUUUGAUCGUGAAAGAAUCCCCGAGCGAGUUGUUCAUGCCAAGGGCGCGGGUGCUUACGGGUACUUCGAGGUGACCUCACCCGAGAUUCGCAAAUAUUGCAAGGCUGCUGUUUUCAAAGAUGUUGGUAAACAAACUCAGUUGUUCAUCCGUUUCUCAACUGUCGGUGGAGAGUCUGGUUCGGCUGAUACCGCUCGAGAUCCAAGAGGAUUCGCUGUGAAAUUUUACACAGAAGAAGGCAAUUGGGAUCUUGUUGGUAACAAUACACCAGUAUUUUUCCUUCGAGACCCAAUUCAUUUUCCUUCGUUCAUUCACACUCAAAAGAGGAAUCCACAGACUCAUCUGAAAGACGCUGAUAUGUUUUGGGACUUUCUGAGCAGUCGACCUGAAGCUUGGCAUCAGGUGAGUUUCCUUUUCUCAGACAGAGGAACACCUGAUGGAUAUCGACACAUGAACGGCUAUGGUUCGCAUACAUUUAUGCUGGUCAAUUCUGAUGGUCACCCUGUUUGGGCCAAAUUCCAUCUCAAGACCAAUCAAGGAAUCAAAAAUUUAGAUGCAAAACUUGCCGAUGAAUUGGCUGGUAAAGAUCCUGAUUAUGCUAUUAGAGAUUUGUACAAUGCGAUCUCUUCAGGGGACUUUCCAUCUUGGUCAUUUCAUGUCCAAAUUAUGACCUUCGAACAGGCAAAAGACUUCAGAUUCAAUCCAUUUGAUUUGACAAAAGUUUGGUCUCAUAAAGAGUUCCCCCUGAUUGAAGUUGGCAAAGUUGUUUUGAACAAGAACCCGAACAAUUAUUUUGCUGAAGUUGAACAAUCAGCCUUUUCACCGGCUAAUCUGGUUCCUGGUAUUGAACCUUCACCUGAUAAAAUGCUUCAGGCAAGAUUGUUUUCCUACCCUGAUACACAUCGUCACAGGCUUGGAGCUAAUUACCAUAUGAUACCCGUGAAUAAGGCUCGAUGUCCCGUUUACGCGCUGAGCUAUCGCGAUGGUCCGAUGUGUGUUGAUGGCAAUUUAGGUGGAAUACCCAACUACUUGCCUAAUUCAUUUGUUAACAUAAAACCGAAUCCAAUCUACAAGGAGUGUCCUUAUUCAGCCCAGUAUUUCAUCGGGGAUAUGGAUCGGUACGAGUCGAAAGAUGAUGACAACGUUACCCAAGUUCGUGAAUUCUGGCAAAAGGUUCUAAAUGAAGAUGAACGAAAUCGUCUUGCAGUUAAUAUGGGAACGAAUCUUUCUGCUGCUCAAUCGUUUCUGCAAUUACGUGUAAUUGAUCUGUUGAAGAACAUCGAUCAAGACUAUGGUUCGAGGGUUGAAAAGGUCAUUAAAGGUCAUAACAAGCUGCUUCUUUAUUAUCUUAAAUUAAAUAUUCGUAACUAAUUUUAUCUGGUUAAUUGAUUCUCUCCACUAUUAGAGUCACCUUUAAAAUCAAUAAUCAAUUGGAUUGUGACCACUGAAUGGAUAUCAUUCAAUUCAUCCUGGUUCAUAGUUGAUGGCUAAUUAAUAAUCUAAUUAAUCUAUAAUCAUUCACUGGAAUUCAAUAAUUAUCUGUUAUUGUCAUCAAAUUAAUCUUCUAAAUAAAUAGAUUUACCUUCUUAAUUAUUUAUCACACUAAA